GCAUUUACUGUUACCUAUGGAAGCACAACAAAGAUCUCCCACAAAAACAGGUUGCUGUGCCUCUCCAUAUCCUGCACUGUUUUAGCAUCAUUUAAAGAGAGCAACUGUCUGCCUUUGUGUAACAUCCUGACUCCUUCUGCAUGUGAAGCCUGUGAGAUUCCUCUGUUUAUUCCCCCUGCUAUAUAGUCUAAGAGAGCUUCCAUUCCAACAAACACGGAAUAAUGGCUUCCUUCUGUCAUGACAUAUGUAGUUUCCGGUGCACCUGCCGUCAGACGAAACAUGAACAAAGGGACCAAACUCCUGUCAUUGCAGUGCAACAGCCUCAAACUGUGGUCAAUGUGCAGGCUAAUCCUGUCAUGACGGCUAAUCCAAGGUCUUCUCCACCUUCUGUUGGCGUUCAAAACCCUGCUCAAAACCCAGAAAUGUUUCACAACUUUCCUCCUUGGUUUCAAAACCCUUCUCAGUUUCCUGGUGGUAAUCAAAACCCUCCUCAGAAUCCUACUGGGUAUCAAAACCCUCCUCCGAAUCCUACUGGGUAUCAAAAACCUCCUCAGAAUCCUACUGGGUAUCAAAAACCUCCUCCGAAUCCUACUGGGUAUCAAAACCCUCCUCCGAAUCCUACUGGGUAUCAAAACCCUACUCAGAAUCCUACUGGGUAUCAAAACCCUCCUCAGAAUCCUACUGGGUAUCAAAAACCUCCUCCGAAUCCUACUGGGUAUCAAAACCCUCCUCCGAAUCCUACUGGGUAUCAAAACCCUCCUCCGAAUCCUACUGGGUAUCAAAAACCUCCUCCGAAUCCUACUGGGUAUCAAAACCCUACUCAGAAUCCUACUGGGUAUCAAAACCCCCCUCAAAAUACUGGUGGGUUUGAAACUCAUCAUCAAAGUCCUGCUGAGUAUCUAAACCUUUGUCAAAGUCCUGAUGGGUAUCAAAACUCUCCUCAAUGUCUUACAGAGUCUCAGAAAUCUGUUACAGAACCCGAUGCUUAUAAUUCCUAACAACAUCUGAGCAAACUUGUAAAUAAUGAAAUCUGCUCAGAUCAGCCAUGAUCAUGUUGGUGUAUAACAGGAUUCUGUACUCUAUUCAAAAAUUUAUUCGACUCUUAACACUUCAAAAAAAGUGUUGAGCUUGAGUUGUUUCAGUUCAUAUGUAUAUUUACAUUAUUAUAGACAAUGUAUAACUACUUCAUUAAUUUGUAGAUCUAAACUCAUCAAUAACAAAAAAAGAAAUAAAAAUUGAGUGACUGGA